AUGUGGUCUAGACAAAUCCUUGUCCUGAUCACGGCCCUCGGCCUGGCCUCAUCUUCUUUCUUUCAACGCAAUGCCGACACAGACCUGUCACUCAACCUGCCGCUCUCGGUAACGGAUGCCUCUCCAGCCCAAACGAUCUCGUCUGAAACCACACUUCGCAUCCUCUGCGUGGGAGAUUCUGUCACCGUAGGACACGGCAGCAAAGAACUGAACGGGUACAGAAGCGACCUCGCAGAACGCUUGUCCAGGAGUAACGAGGUCGAAUUCGUCGGGACAGAACACGGCGGAGCAAUGCGCGAUGGCUAUUUUGCUGCGUGGAACGGCAAAACCAUACAAUUCCUUGCCGAGCACAUCGGGCCGUCCCUCGAACAACGACCAAACCUCAUCCUGCUGCAUGCGGGCACAAACGACAUGGCCUCUGUCGAGCGCAUCGCAAAGGAGGGAAACGACCCCACAGCCGCGGCCGGGCGGCUCGGUGAUCUUCUCGACCUCAUGAUCCGGGCCUGUCCCGAUGCGGUCAUCAUCGUGGCAGUCAUCCUCGGCUCGUGCCAGACGAACCGGGUCGCGAGGACCACGGAGACCAAGCUCUCAUCCCAGACGUCGUCAGGCGACUCUCUUGAUGCCGGGCACAAGGUCCUCGCCGCGGACUUUAGCGCUAUGCCCCAGAGCUUCUUGCGUAAUGACUGCAUCCACCCGUCGAUGGAUGGGUACAGAGAGAUGGGGCAGGUAUUGGUAUGA